GGGUGCGUGGGUGUUCAUGCUCGGGUGUUGGGUGGGCGUGGGUGACAGUGGGCACGGCCGCGGCUCUUAUUCUGUGUUAAAAUGUAAAUGGUUGGUGUCAGUCCGUGGCGCUGGGAUCAGCUGAUGCUCCACGAUGUGAAGCUUGUCGCGGGCGAUAUGACUUCCCGCUCCACUGUUUCUUAAUUUAUACCCGCCCACGCCUUCCCACGCCUGCCUCAUCACGCCUGUUAGUACUGUCGGCCAUACGCCCACUCAAUGAUAUGAGUAAUUUGGCCGAACUCUGUCAAAGCUGUUUAAAAUAAGAGAAAGAUGGUGGGCGUGGUAGUAGAGGUGAGCGGAGACGAGCUCCACUCCACUGAAUUACCGCUAAUGGCCGUCCACUGUCUCGGCAUUAAUUAAAUAAGGCCUCAACUGGGUUGUUCUGUAGGUGUUAUGGACGCUGCCGCCCCUAGCCACGCCCACAUAAGUGUGGGCGGGCCAGCUGGUCCAGGUCACCUCUAACCUCCUGCCUAAUUUUCAAGAUUAUUUUUUCUGGUUUAUUUUCAAGUUUUGGAAAGGGAUGGUGCAGCAAAUCCUUAGCAGCAUAAAAGAAUUUGACAAGAAAUACUUCUUAUCAGUGGGGAUGCUGAAGUAGAUCCUCAUCAUUGUACAAGAACCUGACAGCACUCCUCUCAUUUCGAGGAGAACACCUCAGCUGAGAUGGCUGACCAAUCAGUGUCUGAGAAAGCCUCAAGUAAAGGUGACAGUAAAACUAAGGAGCCGCAGAAGUUCCUUUAUUUACAACUACAACAGGACAGAACUGGGAAUGGAAGUGGCCGUGUGGCAACCCUGGUGGGUGGCCGAGGGGCAGGUGGGCCAGCCCACUUCAUUCCCCUACAUACCAAACUCAACUCUAUCUCUGUUCUGGGACCAGGGGCUAGAUCCUCCCGCACCACGGUCUCGGUGCCAACUUCCCGCAGCCAGGGAACUGCUGUUGUUACCAUGGCAACAACCCGUCCAGUUGUAGCCACAGCGGUAACGGUGCCGUCAUCUCGGACUGCAGGAAUGACAGCCGUGACUGUGACUAACCCCAGGCCGGUGAUUGCAUCUCCAUCCACAACAGUCACCUCCAAGCCUGGAUGUGCAACCUCCAUCGUACGCAAGACCCAUGCCAAUGUUGUGGUGUCUUCAGGAGUUCCUCGACCAGUGAUGACCCCAAAUGCCACAACCAUUACCGUACUAGGAUCAAGUGGAGGUCUACCCGGCACAGCAGCUCCAGUUAUGCGUCCCUCACUGACUCCACAGUCUCAUGGUCCGGUCAUACUCCACUCUUCCAAAGUUCCAUCUACAGUUACAUCUUCAGCGGCCACCAAUAAGGGGGUGACUCCACGACUUGUGCCAAUACCAAUCACGCAGGUGCGUACAGGAGUUGCCAACAAAGCGGUCCUCUCCUACAGUACCCUCCUUCAGGCUGGAGGUGGAGGGGGAGGAGGGAGUGUUGCUGGGAAGAAGGACGGACACGCCUCGCCCACGCCUCUCCUCCUACAGGCUGCUUCAUCCUCAGCUGUUAAGGGUGCUGCUGCCUUGGCCAAAACUGGAGGGGCCACUAUUAGUAUUAUUACUGGCAAGGGAUCCAAGCUUGGCGGGAGUAGCAGCAUUCCUGUGUCCAGCACCAAUCCUCUUAACAUGCUCUCCGUCAAUCUUGGCCAGAACAAGUCUAACAUGAUAAAUUUCAAGAUAUCUAAUGGCCAGAUUCAGACAGACAACAUACAGCAAGUUGAUGUGUUACAAAGGGAUCUUUCCUUUGCAGUGUUGCAGGAAGCCCGACCUCUGGUUCAUGCCGGAAAGCAGACAGAAGAGCGAAAAGAUACUCCCAUGGUUGUUGCUGGCACUGCUUUAGCCCAUGCAGUUGGAACAGGCUCGGUGACUGUGUCGGUUACUGGCACAGUGCCGGCAACACUCAAAAUACCCGAACCUGUGAUUGUUCCGGUUCCCGUCCCAGUUCAAAUCUCAGAUGAGGAAGCGCUUUCAAACCUAAAAGAUGUAACUGUGGUUGCAACAAAGAGGAGCAGGGGUGACAUUCUGCAGCGUGCUGUUAAUACUCUUGCAGGGGUACUAGAGGAGGAGAAACAAAAUGGCAGUGAAGCUUAUCCAGUAAUACUUGACAACAUUCCUGACAGCCAACUCAAACCAAAGAGGAUACCGGAAUGUGUGAAUGUGGACGAAGACGACGAUUUAAGAGCAGGGAAGGGAAUUUAUGAGGAGGAGCCAGAGAUAAUAGAGAUGAAGAAGGAUGUAGUGAAAACAAUAUUUUGUAAGACACAGGAGCUGACCAGAAACACAAGUCCAGUAAGAGAAGGACAACCUGAGGAAAAGGAUUUAAUCAAACAAGAGAAAGUUGAAAAUGCCUCAGAAGAAAAGCCUUUUAUUAUAGAUAGUGACUCUAAAGAUUCAAAAUUAAUCAUUAAGUCCAAGGUUCCUUCAUUCUGUGAUGAACUUACACCCGAGCACAUAAAGUUCUCUGAUCUGUUAAAGUGGGAGGAUGGGGUUGGAAAACUUCAUGGAAGUGAUCUAAAGUUCAAGAUGAAUGAAUUUAAUGCUGUAGAGAUAGUAGAAGACAGAGAUUUAGAGGAGAUUAAGAACCAUCAAAUCAGAAGGGUAGAGCACUUGACCCCACGGCAUCACGCUCGCAAACCCAACUACCGUGAGAUAGUGAAGGAUGAGGAAAUAUUUUCUGACAAUUCUCAAGACUCUGAAUCUCAAGGUAACAAGUCCACUCGGGAAUCGGAUGACAUAUGCUGCUGCAAAAAUUGUGGUUGCUAUGGCCUCAGCUCCGAGUUCUUCCGUGAAAGCAGCUUCUGCUCUGUUGCUUGUGGAGAUGAACACGAUGCUCGAGAAAUAGAAUGGGGUAAAGAGCGCCUGAAACAGGAAAAGGAGCGGCAGCGAAGAAGACGUCUUAAACAGAGUGAGAAAGCAGAUGAAGACCAAGGUGAUAAAGAAGGGAAUCACAGUGAUGAGGAUGGUGCCCAUGGAGGAAGUGACAAUGAGGCGAGAAACUCAAAAAAUUCUGGUGUGGUUCCUGAAUCUCUUGUGAGCAAGUACCAGCACCCAUGGCAUGAUGGAAAAAAUAAUUUCUCAUGGGUCAAGUACUUGGAACAUUGCGGUCGUGCCAAGGGACUAGCAAAAGCUGCCCCUCUGAAAAUAUGGCCAGAGCCCUUUCCAUUUAGUAGAAACUUAUUUAAACCUGGAAUGAAAUUGGAAGCUAUUGAUCCCAAUCACCAGUCUUUGUUUUGUGUAAUGACAGUAGCAGAAACUAUUGGUUAUAGACUGAGAGUUCACUUUGAUGGUUACUCUGACCAGUAUGACUACUGGCUUAAUGCAGAUUCAAUAAAUAUCUUUCCGGCCGGUUGGUGUGAAAAGAAUGGCCGUCAGUUGGAACCCCCCCUUGGGGUUUUAGGAUUUUCUUGGAAAGCAUAUUUAGAACAUUGUAAGGCUCAAACAGCACCUAGACAAGCUUUCAUUAAUAAAGGCAGUUCUACAAUAAUUCCUCCUAACAAUUUUCGAGUGGGCAUGAAGCUGGAGGCAGAGGAUCGAAAGAACAUGUGGGUAUGUGUAGCAACCGUGGCUGAUGUGUUGGACAACCGUGUCCUCAUUCAUUUUGAUGGAUGGGAUAAAGCUUUUGAUGUUUGGAAUGAAGUUUCCUCACCAUAUAUCCAUCCUGUUGGAUGGUGUGCUGAAAAUAAUAUUGUUCUGCAUCCUCCAAAUGAUUAUCCAAAUCCAGAAAGCUUUAAUUGGCAUGAGUAUCUUCAAGAAACAAAUUCAAUGGCUGUUCCAGCUAGAGCCUUCAAGACUAGACCUCCAAGAGAUUUCAAGAAGAACAUGAAGCUAGAAGUUGUUGACAAGAGGAACCCAGCCCUCAUACGUGUUGCUACCAUCGUCGACAUUCAAGAGUACCAGUUGAAGAUCCACUUUGAUGGAUGGGGGGAUGAAUAUGACUACUGGGUGGAUGAUGACUCUCUGGACAUUCAUCCGCCAUCGUGGUGUAAUAAAACCGCUCAUCCGCUCCAGCCGCCUCUUACUCCUGAGCAACAAGCAGAGGACGUCGACUCCGGAAUGGGGUGUGGAACCCCAGGGUGUAAAGGAAUUGGCCAUAUCAAGGGUCCAGUAUAUACUACUCACCAUACAGCAUAUGGUUGCCCAUAUUCCUUGCAGAACAUCAACAAGGACCUUGAUAGCAUAAUUCCUGACAGAUUGCAAUUCCCACCAGAGAGAAAGAAAAACAAAGUUGUUCCUAAAGUCAAAUUAGAUCUCCGCUCUUACAGCGUAAAAGAAGGUAAUGGUGAAGUGGAGGAAGCAGAUUGUCAGAAGAAGCGAGUUAGAAAGAGAAGAAAGUUUUUUGAUGAACUUAGUCCACCUGAACCAAAUAGACCACAAAAAGUACCAAAACUCUGUAAUGAUGAAAUUAAGUCAGUAUCACUUUCAACCACAAUGGCACCAAAUACAAUCACAACAUCUACGGUUAUAUCCUCUACAAGCCUUGUCCCCUCCACCUCCACACAGUCGACAUCUCUGAGUCAAAUUAUCCCACAGCAGCCACCUCAUCCUACUACUUCCCAGCCUUCUGAUCAUGGCAUGGACAUGAUGGUACACCAGUCAGUCUUUAAUCCAGGUUACAAUCCACAUCCAUCUGCACCUUUGCCGCACUCAUGGGAGCGCCAUCGCCACCUCACAGCUUCCCUUGGGGAUGCCAAGAAGUCUGAUGUGGAAUCGUGGAAUACAGAGCAAGUACAUCAGCUGGUAGCACGUGUACCAGGGUGUGAACAAGUAGCAACUGUGUUUAUUGAGCAACAGAUCGAUGGUGAGGCUCUCUUAAUGAUGACCCAAAAUGACCUAGUGAGUUUAUUGAACAUAAAAUUAGGUCCAGCAAUCAAGAUAAUGGCAGUUAUCAUGUGUUUGAAAAGUUCUUCUUAGACAUAAGAGGGAAUUGUUACCCUUAAAAGUUCUGUUUAGAUAUAACAAGAGGACUGUUACUCUCAUUUCAUGCUGGCACUACUGAAUGGUGAAGCAUUCAUUACCUUUUGAGUAAUACCAAAACCACUGUACCAAGGGUAGCAUUUCUCUUGCAUGAUGCUAGAUCCAUGUAUCAUGCAUGCAUCACAGUACCAAGGGAAGUGUUUUCUUCGUGCCAUACAGACAUCACUACCGAGGGAAAUGUUAUCUUCGUGCCAUGCCAAUGCUACUGUAUGCUCCUCAAAAUGUGGCAUGUGGACUGAUGGAUCUAUGCAUUCUUGUGUACUGAGGGUGGUGGUGGCAUUUUAAGGUAAUUUAUUAUUUGAUGCAGGGAGAAGCAGCUCAAGAGAGACUUUUAUGUGAUAUUUUUGCAAAGCUCAAUUUACUCUAAUGUGACAAGUAUCACAUCAAUUUUAUAAUGCUUAUAAAGUUUAGAAAUUAGUCUUGUACAUACCUUCAUUAAUUAUACAGUGUUAAGUGUCCACAUUGCAGUAUGUGACAACUGUUUUGAAAGACCAUGUCUUGUGUCAGGUCUGACUGAUGCUGCUACUAGUCAGUGUGUGUGUUGAAAACAUCAGCAAGAAGCUGCCCCGGAUACUUGUGUUUGAGAAAUCCGUUCAGAACUUUCUGUCAAAGAUUUUCUAUUUAUGUGGAAUUUUAUCUUUACACAGAAUUUGACAAUCAGUUUAUGAAUGCCUGUUGUAUAAUCUGUUGUCUUAAUUUAAUUAAAUGUUGAGUCGAUGGAACGUGGUCUGUAUGUAUGCCUGCAAUUCUCAUUCAUCUGUGUAGAAGCUUUGUGUAAAUCUUGAACUCUAUUUGAUCAUGCUGUAGUAAAUAUUUGACAGUUGUGUCAGCUAUAUAAUAGCCCAAGCUCUGUAACAGCAAUGAGGGUAAUGGCAACCCGAAGCGUAUAACUGUCAUCUGUUUCUACUGUAUAUUGUGCUACAAUAAUACUCUUCAUCAAGAUACAAGGGUAGUGGGUAACUCUUUGCAUUGCUUCUGAAAGUUAUGCAGGCAGUUUCCCAGACCAGAAGAGUAUGCCUGGUCUGGGAGCUGGACACGGUAGUCAUUAUCUGAUUAAAUGCCACAUAUGACAUGCACCUCUAGGUGGAUCAGAGCAUUGAGCUCAUGCCACAAGGAUUAGGAGUGCCAGGUGCCGCUAUGUUGUAAGAUUGAGCUCACACGGAGUGGGUUGAGAGGCUAUAAUGCUGCCUUCUGAACUGUGGUGCCACUUUUGAUGCUUGUUACUGAUUUAACAAGUUCAAUGGAAUGCCCCAAGUCAGAUUUCAGUUGAAAGGAGUUAUGUCAGUUAGGCUACUGCAGUUUUGAAGUUGUGGUGAUAAUGUGUACAUAUAUGUGAACAUCUGCUCAUCUGAUGUUAUUGUAAUUAGGACAAUUAUGUAUGUACUAUUGGUGCAUAAAAUGCUGAAAACUUG